UCUUAAAAUCGUUUAUUACUUAACACAUUAAGAUAAAAUGUCUACUUACGGCUACGACACAAUGGAAGAUCUUGUGGAAAAUAAAUACUUGGUGGAAAGACCCAUUUAUUCUGAGGACUCUUUCAAUGCUGAUCAUGAAAUAGUGGAUAGAUAUCACACCACUACAUGUGAUCACCUCAAACGGACAUGUAGUUGUUCCGCACAGAAAGCAAAACGAAUUGCCUUAUCUUUUUUCCCUGUUGUUUCCUGGCUUCCUGCUUAUCGAUUCAAGGAGUGGAUUCUCAAUGACAUAGUAUCUGGUGUUACUACAGGGCUUGUGGCAGUGUUGCAAGGGUUGGCAUAUGCUCUCCUAGCCAAUGUAUCCCCGGGCUAUGGAUUAUACACAUCAUUUUUUCCUGUUGUGGCCUAUUUUGUCUUUGGAACUUCCAAACAUUUAUCUGCUGGUGAGUUGUUUAUCAUUUUUGUAGGGCCAUUCCCUGUUGUAAGUCUGAUGGUUGGCUCAGUAGUAGCUACUCUUGUACCGGAUAGCGCCACAGACAUUGGAAACUCUACUUUGAUCAAUGCUACUGCUGAAGAUGUGAUUAAUGAUAAACGGAUAAUGGUGGCAGCAUCAUUAACUUUCCUGGUUGGAAUAAUUCAGUUAGCUUUGGGACUACUUCAGACUGGCUUCAUAGUCAUCUAUUUGUCAGAGCCGUUAAUUAAUGGUUUCACAACUGGAGCUGCCAUUGAAGUUGUGGUGUCACAACUUAAAUAUGUUUUUGGAGUAAAAGUCCCAACAUUUAGCGGGCCGCUUUCUCUCUUUUAUGUAUUGAAGAGUAUAUGUUUACAACUUUACAAAACCAAUAUUGCUGAUCUUGUAAUAGCAAUUAUUGUAAUGGUAUGUGUCUACAUUGUGAAAGAAAUCAACCUUCGUUUCAAGGCAAAAAUGCCUGUGCCAAUCCCUAUAGAAAUCAUAAUGACAAUAAUUGCUACUGGUGUGUCCUAUGCAUUUGACUUCAAACGUAGAUAUGAAGUAAAUACUGUAGGAUACAUACAAAGAGGAUUUCAGGAACCUGUAGCACCAAAUAUAUCAAUCUUUCAAGAAUGCAUUGGCAGUGCCUUUUCCAUUGCUAUUGUUGGAUUUGCAGUGGCCUUUUCUGUGGGUAAAGUUUAUGCAAUAAAACAUAACUAUACUACUAACGGUAACCAGGAAUUAAUAGCAUUUGGAUUUAGUAACAUAAUGUGUGGGGCAUUUAAAGGAUUUGCUGCAAGUUCUUCUUUAUCAAGGUCAUCUAUACAAGAAAAUACUGGAGGCAAAACCCAGGUUGCUGGCAUAAUAUCUGGCACAAUUGUUUUAAUAGUGACAUUGGCUCUUGGAUACCUCCUAGAACCGCUACCAAAGUCUGUUUUGGCAGCUAUAAUCCUGGUAAAUUUAAAAGGAAUGCUGAUGAAGGUCACUGAAGUCCCUGUGUUAUUCAGGCGAGAUAAGUAUGACUGUCUUGUGUGGAUAUUGACAUUCAUAGCGUCUGUAAUUCUUGGCCUGGAUCUUGGUCUUGCUGCUGGUGUAGGAGUUGAACUUCUCACAGUAGUGUUCCGUGUCCAAUUCCCCAAUUUUACAGUGAUAGGUAAUAUUGAGAGAACAGACAUCUACAGAAAUGUAAAAGACUAUAAUGAAAUUUGUGAACCAAAAGGAGUAAAAAUUUUCAGAUGCCCAUCUCCUGUCUUUUUUGCAAAUAGUGAAGUUUUCAAAGAGAAACUUAUUGCUGCUGCUGGCUUUAAUCCACUGUGGGUGCUCCGCAGGAGGAACAAGGCCCUGAUGAAAAUAAAGAAAUUGGUGAAGAAGGGAGAACUAACCGUCACAUCGAAAGGGAUGAUUUGUGCACCAUAUGACAAUCCAGAGUCUGCGGAUGAAGAGGAACUGGACAAUAACAGGAUUGAAGAGCUGGACCAACCAGUUAAUACAGCCGAUCUGCCCAUUGUCAUAGAUUGGAAUGCAGACCUUCCAUAUAAUAUUCAAGUACCGAAGAUUGAACUCCACAGUUUAAUCCUUGACUUUGGAGUAGUGUCAUUUAUUGAUAUGACUGGUAUGAAAGCAUUGAAAGGUAUUUUAAAAGAAUUUCUUAAAGUUGAAGUACAUACAUACAUUGCUGCUGCAGACAACUGUGUGUUGGAAAAGCUGAAACGGAGUGCAUUUUUUGAUGAUGAUAUUAAAACAUCAAUGUUUUUUCUCACGGUCCAUGAUGCGGUUCUACAUGUUCUUGAAAAAAAUGGGAUGCAAGAUGCAUUAAAAUGGGGGCUUGACAAGGAAACAGCCAAUCUUGUCCUUUCAAAUGAAGUUAAAAACGGAAACCUCUACAAUGGCAUACUUGAGGUGAAACAUGAAACAAAAUUCUGAGCCCUACUCUACACUGUACUUCUCAUGACUGACUACGGGACUAUUAUUCAGAUGUGACAAUACUGUACAUAGUGUUAUACUGUGACAGUUUUUCCUUAUUUUAAAGGGUGUUAGAAUGAUCAAAACUACUGAACAAAAUAUUUUUUUCCAUUUUAAAUACAUUUUAUUUAUUUACCAAAAAAGCAAAAUCUGCAAAAAUUGUAAGUGAAAU